ACCAGCAGCUCGAAGUGUUGUUUUGUUCCUGUUGGUGGACUACAUUUUUCUGGAAAAACGUGAUUCCUUCAGUUUUAUUCUAUCUGGUUUCGUAAUAAAUUAUGCGAUUGAACCAUCUAGCGAAAAUCGGAAUUGGCUGGGGCUUUAUCACCGUCGCAGGAAUCUCUGGCUUCGUCUAUUCAAAGCGUACCGUCGACAAGAACCGCUAUGAAAAUAUGAAAAUUCGUGAACGGAUGAGAAAAUCAAACGAAGGAGAAUAUCUAGCAGAAAACGCCCGUCGCUAUCAGUCCUAGGCUACUGGAAAAUCGAAGAUAAUAAACUAUUGGAAUAAUAUAAAAUAAUAGAUUGGAAAAAGGAACAAACAAAAGGUGCUUACUACCUCGGAUUCAGUAAAUCAGAAACAUCCCCCCAGCGAUCAAAAUGAGCAUGCCCCAGAUGGAUGCCGCCCAGCAGGCAAAGCUGCAGCUUAUGCAGGAGAUGGAAAUCGAGAUGAUGUCCGACCUGUACAGUCGGAUGACCCAGGCGUGCCACAAAAAGUGCAUCCCACCCAAGUACAGCGAUGCAGAACUCGGAAAAGGCGAAUCCGUUUGCCUGGACCGCUGCGUGGCCAAGUAUCUGGAGAUUCACGAACGGAUAGGCAAGAAGCUUACGGCGAUGUCCGCCCAGGACGAUGACCUCAAGAAGAAGAUGGGUGUAUAAAGAGCUGUUGCUGGUUCAAUAUAUUAAUCCUUAGCUCAAUAGUAGAUUGGCUAUAGUUUGUUAGUUUUGAUUCUUUUUUAUUUAACUCUCCUUGUUCAUUUAUGAUUGCGCCAAGAAUGCAGUUAAAACCACUUUCGUUGUGAUUGUAAAAUAAAACCUCCAGUGCUCGUAGUCGUGGAAUGGCCUCGGAGCGUUUCAUAAGUUUUAUUAUGUAUGAAAUACGCCUAGAAGCGAAUGUUCUAUUGAAUGCGAAGCAAUAAAGGAAUGUUCAACCAGAAUAAUGGUGUUCGAAAAA